AAAUUAUUUAAAAAUUUAUUCAACACUAUUAUGAAUCAACAACAGCAAGUUUAAUUACCUUUUACAUAUUAAUCAGUCUAACAAUAAUAAUAAGUGCAGAAUCUAAUUUAGCCAAAUAACCUAUAAUAAUACUUUCAAUUAUCUGAAUUACAUCAAGAAUUUUCGCCUCCUAAAGUGGCAUGUUAAGCCGCACCCUAAGUCAAGGCAGCAUUUCCACCAUCACAUUCUAAUUAAAAUAGAUUUGGAGUUCCUUUUAAUUCAAAUUAAUCACUAUAAUAAUAUUUUCCACCCUAAAAAUCAAAUUAAACUUAAGUGCCUCUUCUUUUUAUAUCUAAACCAUAUUCUAAAGUAAAUUUUGGAAAGUGUUAAUAAAAUCCGAUUAAUCCUCAAACAAAUCCAUAAAAUUCAUAUAGCAAUUAAAAUUAGUUUGGAUUCCCAAUAACUUAUUAAUAAGCACCAUAAUAACCUGCUUAAAGUCAAUCUAAUUUAAUUGGUAUGGUUGAUCUUCAAUAUGAUAAAAUUAAAUAUGAUGACGAUGAAAUGAUUGUACCUAAAUAAGAAUAAGUUAAAUAAUCUAAUGAAUAUAAUUUAAAUGAGAAAAUUUCUUUUGAAGUCAAGGCUUUAUAUAAAAUGGGUAAAUUACUCAAUACUAAAUCACAAUACUUACCUGGAAUAGUUAGCAUUAAAGCAUAAGAAAAAAUUAUUUCAGAAAAUGAUAAAAAUGGAAGAGUUGGAGUAGAUUUGGUAAUUAUAUUUUUAUAUUCAUUAGAUUUGUUUAAUUGAUAUUAGUGGUAGUAUGAUAGGAAUUAAAAUUGAAAUGGUUAAAUAAUCUUUAAUUAUCUUACUCUAAUUUUUGGGAGAUAAUGAUAGGCUACAAUUAAUUACUUUUGAUAAUGAAGCUCACAAAUUGACUCCCUUGAAGCGAGUGACAUUACAGAAUAAAGAUUAUUUCACUUAAAUUAUUAAAUCUAUUUAAGCUUACGGAGGUAAUCAAAUUUCUGAAGCCACAAAAAUGGCAUUUUAAUAAUUAAAAUAACGAAAAUAUGUUAAUAAUGUAACAUCCAUUUUCUUGCUUUCUGAUGGUGUUGAUUAUACCUUUCCAGCAAUAUAAACUUAAAUAAAAUCAGUAAAUGAAAUUUUUACAUUGCAUACUUUUGGUUUUGGAUAAGAUCAUGAUGCUCCAAUGAUGACAUCAAUUUGUAAUUUAAAAAGUGGAAGUUUUUAUUUUGUCUAAGAUGUUACAUUAUUGGAUGAAUUCUUUGCAGAUGCUUUGGGUGGGCUUAUUUCAGUUGUUGGUGAAAAUUUAGAAAUUAAUAUUUCCUCUUCGGCACCUGCUCCUUAUUAAAAUAUUUAAAUAUCCAAAACUUAUGGGAAUAUGUGGAAUAAAAAAGGAAAUUAAUAUUAAAUCACUUAACCUUAACUAGCUACUGGAUCUAGAAAAGAUUAUGUUUUUGAAUUGUUACUUCCAUAAUUUGAAGCAAAAAUUGAAGAUAGUUAAAGGAAUGUUAAAGUUAUUGAUGCACAAUUAAUUAUUAGAGAUCCUACAAAUGGAAAUGUUAUUAAAAAAUAAGAUAGUCUCACAUUAACUUUUUUUAAUCUUGAUGAAUAAAUUAAUCAGAAUGAAUAAGAUAUCGAUGUCUAUGCUUAAUAUUUUAGAGUAAAAGGAACAGAAGUUAUUGAUCAAGCAAGAAAGGCAUGUGAAUAAAAUAAAAAUGAAGAUGCUUAAAAGCUGAUUGAUAAUAUGUUAAUACAAAUUUAGAAAAAUUAAAAUGUUGCUGCUCAAUGUGGUGGAAUUAUUUAAGAUUUGUAAUAAGCCAAACAAGCAUCAGAAAGAUAAUCAUAUAAUUUAUUUGGAUAAAAAUAAAUGUGUUAAAUGGUUAGUAAUAAUUAUCAACAAUAAGGAGUCAAUUCUAUGUUUUCUGCAUAAGGAUUUCAAGUACAAUAAGUUUAACCAGCUUCCUACCAAAAUAUCUAAUAAUAAGCAAUGAUGGGUUUAGUGCAAUAAUCUAAACAACCUUAUAAAAAAAAUUGA